AUGUCUAGUAAAUGUGCCACGGCGUGCGUGAUGGCGGCCAUUGACCUUACCCAUCUCGUCAACAAGACGUAUCGCACUAACACCGCCGAUGCGUGGUGGUAUAAUGGAUUCUACGUAUCAACCGCCGCAGUAGUCCUCCUGAUAUCAUUCUCCGACUCAUCGAUGCUAGAUCCAGGCGUCAUGGAGCAAGCGCGAAGCGCUUGGAGGGAAGCAAUGACUGUCCUAGAAUACCUCGCUACUUUUCGCCGCUCAGCUAGCAAUACCCUCCAAUUCCUGCAGCCUGCUUAUCGUCAAGUGAUGGUCCCAAUUGAUUUGUAUCAGGCAGGGGUGGGAGCUGAUGCUAACCCUAAUUUUCCAAAUAAUAGCCCUGGUCCAGAUACAACUCAAAUCCCGUUCUUCAAUUGGGAUGACUAUCUGGCAAAUAGAGGACCGGAGUUUGAUGAUUUGGGAUUCUUAUCGAGACUUGAUUUUCCUGACAGUUUGGGAGUAGAUGGUCAUGAUAUUGGUUGA